CUCACACAGACAGAGAGGUCAUUUUCACUACGGCUGCUACGGAUAAAUUUGUGUGUGUGUGUGUAUAAACUGAGGAUUUACAGAAAUUUGUGAGUGAGCGCACACACAUGCGCACACACUCCCUGCUCCCUCUGUGUUUGCGUGUGUGUGCGCGCGUGUGCGUGGGGGAUUAGUUAGACCGAGCGUGAGAUGGCACUGGAAUACUAAAUGGAAAUGUGAAGAGGAGAAACUUUUAAAACUAGACGCAGACCACCAUGCCAACAGAAGAGUUCCUGUUCUCCACUGAUGUCUUACCCCCAUUGCCAGAGGUCCCUGUUCUCGAAGGGGUGGUGCUAAGCCAAGGGACCUUUCGAAACCCCGCCCUCAGACACUGCUCCUCCCACAGCAUGGAUUCCGCCCAGUGCAACGAGCGGCCUGUCAGCUACACCUCCACGUCCUCCUCUGCCUCUUCAUCACGGGACAGCCACUGCUCAGCUGUGUUAGGCUCCGCCCCUGAGCGAGACCGAGACUCUGGGGCGAUCCGACUGGAGCUCAUCCCUGCCCGUCAGCUAGAGGAGGUGGAGCCAUCUGCACCACCCAGUCAGGAUGAGGAGCGUAAAGUGGCCUACGUGGACCAUGUGGUGCAGGAGAUUCUGGAAACGGAGAGAACGUAUGUUCAGGACCUGCAGAGCAUUGUCCAGGAUUAUUUGGAGUGUAUCAGUAAUCAGGCUCGUCCCAUGUUGGGGUUGGAGGACAGGAAUUCACUGUUUGGAAACAUCCGGGAAAUCUACUGUUUCAAUAGGGAUCUCUUGCAUGAUUUGGAAAAAUGCAAUGCAGACCCGGUGGCCAUCGCGCAGUGUUUUGUAGUGAAGAGUGAAGAAUUUCAUAUUUAUACACAGUACUGCACUAAUUAUCCAAGGUCUGUAGCUGUCCUCAGCGAGUGCAUGAGGAAUAAGGCAGUGGCAAAGUUUCUGCGCGAGCGUCAGGAGUGUGCGAAACACUCGUUGCCUCUCGGCUCGUUCCUGCUCAAACCUGUACAGAGGAUCCUCAAGUACCACCUGCUGCUGCAUGAGAUCGCCACGCACCUGGAGAAGGACUCUGAGAGACAUGCCGUGGUUCAGGAGGCUAUUGACACCAUGCAGAGGGUCGCCUGGCACAUCAACGAUAUGAAGAGGAAACACGAGAACACCGUCAGACUGCAGGAGAUCCAGAGUUUGUUGACGAGCUGGCAGGGUCCUGAUCUGAUUGGUUACGGUGAGCUGGUUUUGGAGGGAACGUUCCGGGUCCAGAGGGUCAAGAAUGAGAGAACACUCUUCCUCUUUGACAAACUCCUCCUCAUUACCAAGAAACGAGAGGAGACCUAUGCCUACAAAGCACACAUACUGUGCUGUAAUCUGAUGCUGGUUGAGGUCAUUCCUAAGGAGCCGCUGAGCUUCAGUGUGUUCCACUAUAAGAACCCCAAACUGCAGCACACUGUGCAGGCCAAGUCUCAACAGGACAAGCGAACAUGGAUCCAGCACCUGAAGAGGCUCAUUCUCGAAAACCAUCCGGCAAAAAUCCCAGCCAAGGCCAAGCAGGCCAUUCUGGAAAUGGAUGUGCACCAGUGUAGCCCUGAGGGCCAGAACAGAAUUAACCUGAAGGAAGGUCCUUCCCCCAGAAGAACACGCAGGAAGACAGAACCCUUGUCCAAACUCCUCAAAAACAAACAUGCAAUAUCCAGUCCAGAUAUACAGAAGCGAAGCAGUUUUGGAGCAACCCUUCUGUCUCCUGUAGUCCAUCUCGGCACCAUUGGUCGAUCUCGCAGCCUUGUCAGCCAAUCACAGGAAUCACUAGACCCUGGUGACCAUGGUGACCACAGUGACCUUGACGAAGGGUUACAUCCACAAGAUGCUGAUGACGAAGAUGACAGUGGACUGGGUUCUGUAGGUAAGCUACGUGUCCCUGGAAAGAGUAGCAGGAAAAGGCUAAAUGCCCAGGUGUCAGUGGACAGCAUCGACCAGUGGAAGAACCACAGCCUUGACCAUAUUGAUCUACAGACAGCCAAAGAGUCUCUGCAGAAAGAGACGGUGCACGCACCCAUCUUACGGGUGACCUGUCCUCCUGAAACACGGGCAGGUGAUCACUUUUCCCAGUUGCUGGGCACAAGCAGUGGACAUUCUGUCCCGAACAUAUGGGCAGACCACAGAGUGCGUCGUGCCAUGUUCCCUACUCGUCAAAAGACUGUCCAAAUCGAUGAUGAUGAAGACAUUUAUCAGAUGUUUGUGCCCACUGAGAACAAUGCAAGUGGGCAUGAUGCAGAAAGCGAUCAUGACACAGUUGAUGAUCGUCCUGGACGACCGUGUAGCUGGCAUGUUGAACAGGCACAGUCGGCACAGUUAGACCUCCCAGCCAGCAGAGGUAAAGUGUUACGCAGGGCAAGUAGUGUUGGAGAACAACAAAGCGAGCGACAAAGUCCUACAAAGAGGGCUAUCCUAAAAGAGGAAGUGCACAAUAAUACAGAGUCGUCAAGUAACGAGAUAUCUGGAUCUUCCUCAGCAGAACAGCUAACGAUUGAUGAUAUUGAGAAUGUUUAUGAUAAUAUUAGCUAUGAAGAACUGCAGGCUAUGGGACUGAUUCGGAAGGAUCUGGAGGUUAAUCAGUCCUCUUCAGAGGUCAAACCAGUUGUACCUCCACAAAUCUUAGUUUCUCCAGUUGAAAUGGAGAGUUCAUCUGAAAGCAACAGGUCCUCAGGCCAAGAGGGGGCACCAUUUGAAUCUGCCAAUGUGCAGACACCAGAGGAAGAAGAAAAUGUCUAUGAUACCAUUGUGUUCCGUGAACUGCCACCUUCUGUCACUGAGACAGGAAGAGGAAAUAAACAAGCAGCUCAACAGGAUAAUGCACAAUCACCCAAAACAGAUUUGACAGUUAACCAGAACAUAGGAACUGUUUCUGAUGAAAGCCCAAAUCUGGAUUACAGCAAAGUAGCAAAUCGACCCCUUCCUGAUAUUCCCACUGUUUCAGUUACUGAUAUGGAUAUACCUUUAACUUUGGAUAAACCUUCUGAGCAGUCCAUAGCUGAUCAAGUGUCGGACCAAGUUGACGAGAUCUGGAAUGAUCUGGAAAACUACAUCCGUAAUAAUGAGAAGAAAGCAGACAAGCUUCCUGCUGCAUUCCCUGUCAAUAGACCAGAAUCACCACAAAAGUGUGAUUCUCAGGGUAAAAUUGAAAGUUCUUCAGAUAAAUUACACAGCUCUCCAACAAAGGCAGUCAAAUCUCAGCCGAAAUCACAAGAAUCCCAAGACAAGACACGAAAAUCACAUCAGUCUCCCAGCAAAAAAUGUAAUUCUGGACGCAAAGCUAAUGACUCUCAUGUCAAAACAGAUGGUGCUAAGAAGGUCAGGAAAAGCACCUCAUCACCCAGUUCUCCAGCCUUCCACCCCAUUCCAACUUUCAAAUUCCCAGUGCUUAGUGUUCCCAAACUUGUGCGAGAGCCUACAUUUGAGAUAGAUGAGCCUGAAUCCCCUCCUUCUACGCCUCCUGCUACACCUUGUGUUCCACAAGUCUCGAGCGCUCUUCCACAAGUCUCAAGCGCUCUUCCACAAGUCUCGAGCACUCUUCCACAAGUCUCGAGCGCUCUUCCACAAGUCUCGACCUCUCUUCCACAAGUCUCGACCUCUCUUCCACAAGUCUCAACCCCUGUACCACAAGUCUCUACCUCUCUUCCACAAGUCUCGAGCCCUGUACCACAAGUCUCAACCUCUCUUCCACAAGUCUCGAGCCCUGCACCACAAGUCUCAAUCUCUCUUCCACAAGUCUCGAGCCCUGCACCACAAGUCUCAACCUCUCUUCCACAAGUCUCGAGCCCUGCACCACAAGUCUCGACCUCUCUUCCACAAAUUUCAAGCACUGUCAGCCACACCCAAGUCUCAAGCCCUGUUACCCAAGUCUCAAGCCCUGUUACCCACGUCCAAGUCUCCAGGUCUAUUCCUGAAAUCCAAGUUUCCAGCCCUGAACCCCCGCCAGGCACAGUCAAGAGCAUACGGAAUAAACUAGCCAGGCUUAGCAGUGGAAGCUUUCGCAUGGAUGAUGAGGACCCUCCUACACAGAAAGAUCCCGAGCUACAAGCACUAUUUACUGGUUUGGACCCUUCAUUCCUUCCUCUGGCAUCCUCUGGUCUUCUCCUGAGUGGAGACGCUGGAGACCAGCUGCUGGAAUUGGGGGAAAAAGGUAGAAAUAGAGUUUUCCUCAUGGCCAGACAGUACAGCCAGAAGAUCAAGAAGGCUAAUCAGCUGUUGAAGAUGAAGAGCAUGGACCACGAGCCCAGCUGUGCAAGACUCAGGACCAACAAGUCAAAAGAUUUAGCAGCCAUUCUGGAGGAGAAGAAGCAAGGCGGAGCAGCCAUAGGAGCAAGAAUAGCUGAGUAUUCCCAGUUGUACGAGCAGGUGAUGUUUAAGGAACCUUCUACUACUACUCCAGUGCUGAAAUCUUCAGCCAGUGUUUCAGGACCUCAUCCAUUUUCCUCACGCUCAGGAUUGGCUUCCUCCCCAUCCCUGCCUGAGAGCGCCUUCCCAGAGACUGACUGGUUAAACUGCACCUACAGCAAUGGCGAACUUGCUGGGUUUGUAUCCUGGCCUGCUGAAGUCGGAGGGUGCUCUUCAACCCCUCAGCGAAAAUUGUCCUCAGCAAUGUCUGUCCCUGCCUUGAAGGACGUUCCGCCACCUCCAAGCACUCCAUCCAAUCAGCGGUGGAGUGCUUGUGUGACUUCAACCAGCAAAGACGACUCUGAACACAUUUACAGCACGUUGGGGCAGCAGAGUUUUAAAACUCCACCCUAUAGCCGCUGUCAGUCCUCAUCCUCAUUGGUUGAGCAGCAGCAAGAAAAAGAGAACAGCAGGAGUAUGAAUAAUCUGGGACACACCAGUCAUCCAGGGAGGGUGACGAUUGCAGAACAUGGUCUUGGGCCUCGGCAACAUAGCCUACCUGAGUAUCCUGCUCAAACAACCUCAGACCUUUCCCAAUCAUGUGACGUCACACUAAGGGACUCACAGCAAGUGCUGGUGCUGAACAGACAGUCAAAUCUGAAUGCAGUCAGCGCUACACAGAACUAUUUGGCCAACUUUAAAGACAACGGUGAAGAUGAUGAUGAUUAUGUUGAAAUUCGCUCCGAGGAUGAGAGUGAUGGCAUGGAAAAGGGUUGUACAGCAAGUCCAAAUUCAGCUCUGCACAGCUACAUCUGGAAUGACCCAAAUGAGAGUCAGCAAGCACUCAAUCAGCCCAAAAUUGUCCAGUCGCUGCGAGAGAAGUUCCAGUGUCUUGGUUCCAGCAGCUUUGCAUAACACAGGCAUAACUACCAAUGUGCACUUGAUUGCAAAAAUAAAGGCAAUUACAACUUACCACAUGGAACAUGUUACACAAUGUAAAGCACAUUUAUGGAUUACAGGAUUAUGACAACAAAAUGAUGACUACGCAGUUAAGUUAAAUGUUUCGCGUCACAGCUUCGGGGAAUCUACACUAUAUGCACUAUCACAAAUCAUGCAAAUAUGACACUUUGUAUUUUUCAUUCAUAUAAUGACUCAUGAUGCACUAAACAUGACUUUCCAUUUUGCCAUGGGUAUUGUUUCAGUUAAAACUUUUACUAUUUAAAUUCCUUUUUUUAAAACACGGUAUUAAUUUUGGCUUGAACUCACAUGAUUGGGCUGAGGUUCGGCUCUCAGUCUGAGAGAGUGGACUUUUAAGUGUUAAAGAUUUUCCAUCAGAUUUCAUCGUUGAGGUUUUAUGGCUCCCUUGUCACUUAGACUUAUUCCCUUAUUUUUUUUAUUCUGUAGGUGCUCCAACCUAUCCAUUGUCAACACUCCAGCAUUGCCUUUCUCAAGCCAUUACUUACCAACCAUUUUGCUAACAAUUCCACUGCAAAGCUUUUAAAGUAGCAUCUGAAGAAUUUUAAUGUGUUGAUCCAACUUAACCAUGUGCAGAUUUUAUGUGAAUGUAACCAGUGAUACGCAAACGAUAUAAUAGUGUCCAUUUGUAAUUGAUCAGGUUGCCUCUGCAAUUGCUACAUAAUGAAAAUUAGGUUAAUAUCCACUGUUACUGGUUAUGUCUGCAUGAUCAUUUGUUCUCAGAGGCCAAAUAUUCAUAAAAAUACACAUAUAUUUUACUAGGAAUCAAUAAGAGUCAAUAUAUAUUGUAUAUAAGUCAUAGAUAUAUUUUAGAUAGUUUGAAAAAGGAGUCCUAGCCAUGCUUGCCAUUGGUUGGAUAAAGGGUUGGGUUUUUUUUUUCCUUGAUACGUUUCCGUUUGCCUCAGAUUUAUACAACUACAGAGAUGACUACUGCAGUAAGCAACAAAAAUGGAUUUAGGAUUGUAAACAAUAAGUCAUAAUUUUAGGCUAAGUUUUAAUCAUUACUGAGAGGGCCAGGUUAGCCACAGGUUAUUUACAGGCUCACAGUAAGAUCAGAUGUAUAUUUCCUUUAGGCUUUUUGGUUUAGUAAAAAAUUGUCCACACUCACUCGCUCUCACUACUGUAGAACACCACACCAGAUUUAUCACGAGUUAAACUACAUUAACAAAAAAAAAAUCACUGGUUCAUCACGUCAUUUGUCACUUAGUUGACACAUUUAGAAUCUCAGAAUAUUCCAGAUUUUUAUUUAUUUAUUUGCUUUCAUUACUGUUUUGUCAAGAUUCCAAGUCUAACGUAGUGAUAUUUAUUAAAUAUCUACUGUUGGUAGUUUGCAGUGAUUCGGUUUAAGUUGUUUACUGUGACUGUUAAUUCUUUUCCCCAUGAGCACUGAGCAAGAAUAUUGCCAUAUUGGAACAAAUAAAUGAUUAAAAAUCAGUUGUUAUUAUCAGUGUAAAUGUACCAAAUUAACUAAAAAUAUGAAGAAUAAGUUCCAUGUUUUUUUUUCUCCAUUUGUACAUGUUUCUUGUUUCAUGGGGGACUGUUAUCAUUCAUUCAUCUGGUUUGCACUUUUUUAUUUUUUAGCAUUUUUUUUUUUAUUUGUUAAGGUGUAAAUUUUAGGAUAUGUAAUUACAUGUUGCCAUAGAUUUGCUCUGUCUUAAUUUUAAAUUAAAUGUACUGUACUUUUGUUUUUAUAAAACUGCCUAAUUGUAACUGCUCAAGGAAACUGAUGCAUCAGAGGCAAUAAAGAAAUGUUCAGUUCAAACA